AUUUUUAAUUUUUUUUGUUAAGAAAUGGCCCAGUGCUGGAUAUUCCUUCCCUAAUCUUCUUUGUGUACACCAUGUGUCAUUAUUGAUGGAAAAAGAUGUCCCAAUCUUAGACUUUCCACGUGUAACAAUGUACAGGAUUCUUACAGAAGCAACAUUCUCCCAUGCUUGAGAGAUUGACUGGGAGGUCGAUCCAAUGCAUUUAGACUCUAAAGCAUUGUGUGAAAGGAUAGGUUCCAAGAUGUAACCAGCAGAAUAAGACCCAGAGACUGAAGUCUGCAGUUUAAACGCUGGUUCACACCUAUUAACAAAACAAACGCAAAACCGGACAAAAUGAAAGUUUCAACAAAAUAAUUCACCAUGCAUUAAUACAUUCCCUACCAGGAUAAACUUAUUAUGAUCGAAAUGUUUUCCAAUGUGGAAAACGGCAGAAUAUAUUUAUCAUUUCCUUGUCCAGCCCUCAUCCCGACCCUACCCCUUUAAACCUGUUGGUUUCAAUUAAUUAUAUUCAGCGUUUCCCGGGCAACAGCAGCACCUAAUCCUGAAACACCUGAGAGCUGCUUGAGGACACGGACAUGGAAAGAUUCAGAGUUCAUUUCUUAAUGAUUCUCCUUAGUAGAGUGACCGGGGCGCAUUUAAUCUGUAGCCUCCACAUCUAAAAUUAGUUCACGUUGACCAAACUUUUUUUUUUUUUUUUCCCCUCUAUCUUUCAAUUCCGAACUGGAAACGUGAUGACUUUCUUCAGAUCAAAAUGGCUAAUUGUGGCUGCACGGUAUAUCCUGUGUGCUUCGCUGCUAGUUUGCAUUGUGUUUGUGAGGAUAGACUUCAAACCGUCAACAGCGUCUUCAAAAUCUACUUCUGUUAGUAAACCAGCCUUCUGGAAACACAGAUCCAACAAGAGCCAAACUCUAACUGUCAAACCCCUGAAACAGACUUUUAAAUGUGCUUCCAAUGUGAGCGAUGCAGAAAUACCUGAAGACUAUCCAGAGCUGCAUCGUUUGUUCCUAAAAUAUAAGGGCUGCCGGACGUUCCCAACCCUCCUGGAGCCCAGGAGAUGUGAUGGGGGCCUCCACUUGCUGCUGGCUGUUAAGUCCACUGCUAUUAAUGUAGACAGAAGAGCCGCCAUAAGAAGCACCUGGGGCAAAGAGGGGCUCGUCAAAGGGAAGAAAACCAAGCUGGUGUUCCUUCUGGGCCAGUCUGAGGACAGGGUUCAAUCCCAGCCCCUUCACCAGCUCCUGGCUUAUGAAAGCAGAGAGUUUGGGGACAUACUUCAGUGGGACUUUGUAGACAACUUCUUCAACCUGACCCUUAAAGAAGUCCAUUUCCUGUCCUGGUUCACCAGGAAGUGCAGUAGCGCUGAAUUUGUCUUCAAGGGGGAUGACGAUGUCUUUGUGAACACGGGCAACAUUAUGGAGUACCUCAGCGAUUUCAGUGCCAAGGAAAAUCUUUUUGUGGGAGAUGUCAUUCUUAAUGCUCGCCCAAUCAGGGACAUGAAAGUGAAGUACUUCAUCCCGCAGGAGAUGUACAGCCAGAAACACUACCCGCCCUACGCUGGAGGCGGAGGAUACGUGAUGUCUCGAGAGACGGUGAUUGGGUUAGAAGACGCCGCACAGGAAAUCGAUCUUUUCCCAAUCGAUGAUGUCUACGUGGGAAUGUGCCUUGAGAAAAUGAACGUGACGUUAUCCAUUCAUCCGGGGUUCAAGACCUUCGGGAUCCCUGAUCCGAUCAACCCCUUUGAUCCGUGCCUUUACAAAGAACUCAUGAUGGUGCACAAACUCAACCCCACGGAGAUGUGGAUCAUGUGGAGUUUAGUGAAUGAUGACAGAAUGAAAUGCGCUAUCUCUCCAGGCAGAGCCUUGUAAUGUUGUUCCUGUGAAAAGGAGACUGUAAAAACAGGUUCUAUGGUUGUCGUUUUUACUUCAGCCUGAAAGCAAGAUUAACCCCUUUGUAUCCUCCUUUUCAGAGACUUCUCAUCAGGGCAUAAUGCUGGUGUCACAGGACUGUUGGGGGCUCCUAUGUUUGUAUUGUAUCCCAUGGAUGGAAAUAGGACUCCCAUUGUGUAGCAGUUUGAUCCAUUCCAGUUUAAUAGCACACACCUGAGCUUGUUACCUAUAUUGUGGCUAAUCAAAUAAAACCUGGAACUGGUGAAACAUCUAUGCAAUAGGAACCUAAUUUCCAACCCUUCUAGCUCCUCUUUAGCAAAUGUAAUGCUGAUGGUUUUUGGGAAAGGAGGGAAAUGACAAUCCUGUUUAUGCUCAUCAUUGUGUUUCCAGUAAAGGGUGAUAACCUUCUUUAUACAGAAUCGUUAAUAAGAAUAGUAAAAGUAGGGAGCACUGCACCAUUAGGCCCACCUGUCUACUGUGAAGAAUUCCAGUGACUUCCCUAGUAAAAGAGUUUGAAUCCUGUUCGUGCCAGGGUGCUUUCCUUAUGCCCUGAUUGUCUUGGUCUCAAAGCCAUCUCCUAGACCUUUCACAUUACACUGUGGUGUAUGCUCUAACACAAAUCUUUGACAUAUGAAUGUGUGCACUCCGGGAUUAUGGGCUACCUCCUAAUGCAUGUGCACUGGUUUCUUAAUGGCACCAGUAUGAAGUGCACCACAGGAGCUCGGAGCACAUGCUUCUGUCGUGAUCGGUCAAGGACAAGGCAACCCUGCAUCUCGGUGAUCAGCUGAAUACACCUCAGCUUCUAUUUGAAGACUAAUGCCCAAUAAUAAACUGGGGAUAACCAGAGGUUCAAACUGACAUUUUAGAUUUUGAAUGAAUCGUAGUCUGUAUGGUGGAAGGUAUGCUUGUUAUUCCAGAGGUAUAGACUGGCCAUUUUAUUUAUGCUUUACCUUUUUAUUUGUGUGUAUUUUACAUGAACGGGUGGGGUUUUGCAAAGGGUUUUUUUUGUGUGUUCUUGCAUUGUGUAGGGGUGUUCUUGACAGUGUCUGCUUGUGUGAUCUCAGGGAGGUUACCAGGCGUAAUGGACCUGUAAUACAGACAAUAUUCUUGUAUGUUUUCUGGCUAGUCACUGCAUACUUGAUGUAUUUAAUGGGUUUUUUUUUUCAAAAUAAAAAUACUAUAGUUUGAUCAUUUAAUGUGGAGGUGUUAUUUUGGUUUUUGGGGUUGAAUGACAUUGCAUUACUUUUUAUACUGUACAUAAAUACUCAGACCGUUUUUAAUCAGUACACUGAAGCUAUUUUAAGAAGUACAAAUUUGCUUUAACAUUCAAUUAAGAGCUAAUGAAGUCUGUUUUAAGUACAGAGUUAAAAGAUGGCAGUGUUUAGAUCAGUAAACUAGAAGCCAAUGUAUUUUUCAUUAUGUUCAGUACUCCAUUUAGUGCCACAAAGCUUGUGUGUUACUUUUUUGUGUUCAGGUUCACUGAUUACAAUCCUUUCCCUCAAAUACUGUAAGCCCAGCAUCCAUAAGGAAGUAAGUUCCCAAAGAAUUGUUUGGGUUUAAAAUUAACAAUCCCUUAACUAAAAUAACGUGUGUUUGCUGUACAACCUGACUGACCAUUUAAAGAAUGUAAAACUAAAGAACGCAUUGUUUUCAAAAAUCGAUUGCCCACGAUAUACCUAAAAUAAAAAUCUGCUCG